GCGUGAUCGUAGCCUCCUCCUCUGAACUAGCCGAAUCUCCUGACCACACCACUUCUCCCCAACCUCGUCAUCCUUAAAACUCCACAACCUUUGUACCUCUCAAAUCUUACUUCACUUUUGUUCUUGUCUCCCCCCCCCCCACCUCUCCAUCCAACCAAUCACAUUUCCUCUCUCAAAGAUCACACCUUCCCCACCCCAUUCCCCCUAAAGCUUCAACCUUUCACUUCUCCGGCGACACCCUCCUCACAGGACCCUACUUUCCGGCCAACCCAACAUGGACAAAGAGCCCCUACUCCCUUACACAUCAAGCCCAAGACGAAAGCUCCCAUCCUUGACCACCCUCUGGCCUUUGCCGGAGCACGACGAAGUCCCCGUCCCUUUAACUCCGUCGGAGUUCAAAGACCGCAUCAUCUUCGGCUCCUCCUCUGCCGCUUCUCCUCCGCCGCAAGACUCGUCUCUUCUUGUCGACGCCCUCACUCUCCAUCUCAAUUCUCCACGACUCUCUUCAAGACCACCCUCCUCGUCUUCUCUACUCGACCCGACCACCGCCACAGCGCCGCCGCAAGGGGGCCCACCAACGCCGUCUCAGGGGUGGCUCAUUGACCCGAACUACUCCUGGACCAAUACCAAUCUCCACCGGUCCAAGACCGCUCCGGCCAUGGCGGUUUUGAACGAGGUGAAUCGCCGGUCCGGGCCUAAGCCUCAGUUGAGUUCUCAGUCUAUUGUUAGGCAAGCUGUGAUUCUUCUUAUGGCGUAUUUGGCUUUAGGUGUGACUAUAUAUUGGUUUAACCGUGAUCAUUUUGAUGCAAAUGAGACUCACCCUGUUGUGGAUGCUUUGUAUUUUUGUAUUGUGACAAUGUGUACUAUUGGUUAUGGGGAUAUCACACCCAAGACUACGGCUACGAAGCUGUUUUCGAUCAUGUUUGUGUUGGUGGGGUUCGGGUUUAUUGAUAUACUGCUUAGUGGGAUGGUGGCAUAUGUGCUUGAUUUGCAGGAGAGUUACUUGCUGAGGAGUGUGAAGGGUGUGGGGGAGAAGAAGGAGUCGUAUAUUAUUGAUGUGAAGAAGGGGAGGAUGAGGAUUCGGAUGAAGGUGGGAUUGGCAUUGGGGGUUGUGGUGAUUUGUAUUGGUGUUGGUGCUAUGGUUAUGCAUUAUGUGGAGAAGCUUGGGUGGUUGGAUUCGUUCUAUCUCUCGGUUAUGUCUGUUACGACUGUGGGGUAUGGUGACCGGGCUUUCCAGUCUAUGGAGGGUCGGCUGUUUGCUUCAAUUUGGUUGCUUGUGUCCACACUCACAGUUGCUCGAGCCUUUUUGUAUUUGGCUGAGGCAAGGGUGGAUAAACGGCAUAGGAGGAUGGCAAAGUGGGUUCUUGGCCAGGAUAUGACUGUUUCUGAGUUCCUUGCUGCUGACAUUGACAAUAAUGGAUUUGUGAGCAAGUCAGAAUAUGUCAUAUACAAACUCAAAGAGAUGGGAAAGGUAUCAGAGAAAGAUAUCAUGCAGAUCUCCAACAAAUUUGAUAGGCUAGACGCUGGGAACUGCGGCAAGAUAACCCUUGCCGAUCUUAUGAGUCGCCAUUGAUAUACAAGCACCGUUUGUUCUUUAACCUCAUGGUACAAUAGGCAAGAAAAUAUAUUUUCUCAUUGAACACAACGUGGAAGAAGCGUGGUCUUACGUAGGACUCGCGACAAUUCGCAUACACAUGAGUCGUCAAGUAUGAACUCUGCUGCCUGAUCAAUUGGUCCUCUUUUCUAUACAUCCUGAGCAUCAACUUACUCAUUCUUAUGUGAUCAGCCACAUCGAUGCAUUUCCAGAGUACAACCAAGCUAACAACAAAGGUUGCUGCAUAUUCCAGAAUUUCUCAAGCGACCGGAGAAGUGAAACAGCUAAUUGAAAUCACUUCUUGAUUAGAACAUAACUAUUGAUACAGACUGGCUGUCCGUUUUUUUUUUCUUGGAGAACUUUGAAGAUUAGCUUAGAAAGCAACAAUAUGUUACUUUUGAUUAGAGUUAAGCCCAUCUUUCUGGCUUCAAAUUGUAAAUGAUGGUAGUUUUUGAUCAGUGAAAGGUGAGGCACCUUAUA